GCCGCCGCCGCCGCCGAGCCUUACCCGCUGCCCGGGGCCAAACGCAAGUACCAGGAAGACUCGGACCCCGAACGCAGCGACUACGAGGAGCAGCAGCUGCAGAAGGAGGAGGAGGCGCGCAAGGUGAAGAGCGGCAUCCGCCAGAUGCGCCUCUUCAGCCAGGACGAGUGCGCCAAGAUCGAGGCCCGCAUCGACGAGGUGGUGUCCCGCGCCGAGAAGGGCCUGUACAACGAGCACACGGUGGACCGGGCUCCACUGCGCAACAAGUACUUCUUCGGCGAGGGCUACACGUAUGGCGCCCAGCUGCAGAAGCGCGGGCCGGGCCAGGAGCGCCUCUACCCGCCGGGCGACGUGGACGAGAUCCCCGAGUGGGUCCACCAGCUGGUGAUCCAGAAGCUGGUAGAGCACCGCGUCAUCCCCGAGGGCUUCGUCAACAGCGCCGUCAUCAACGACUACCAGCCCGGGGGCUGCAUCGUGUCCCACGUGGACCCCAUCCACAUCUUCGAGCGCCCGAUUGUGUCUGUGUCCUUCUUUAGCGACUCCGCGCUCUGCUUCGGCUGCAAGUUCCAGUUCAAGCCUAUCCGAGUGUCGGAACCUGUGCUUUCCCUGCCGGUGCGCAGGGGGAGCGUGACUGUGCUCAGUGGAUAUGCUGCUGAUGAAAUCACUCACUGCAUACGGCCUCAGGACAUCAAGGAGCGAAGAGCAGUCAUCAUCCUCAGGAAGACUAGAUUAGACGCGCCCCGGUUGGAGACCAAGUCCCUGAGCAGCUCCGUGUUACCACCCAGCUAUGCUUCAGAUCGCCUGUCAGGAAACAACAGGGACCCCGCUCUGAAACCCAAGCGGUCUCACCGCAAGGCAGACCCCGACGCUGCUCACAGGCCUAGGAUCCUGGAGAUGGACAAGGAAGAGAACCGACGCUCAGUGCUGCUGCCCACACACCGGCGGAGGGGGAGCUUCAGCUCUGAGAACUACUGGCGCAAGUCCUAUGAGUCGGAGGACUGCUCAGAGGCCGCGGGCAGCCCCACCCGAAAGGUGAAGAUGCGGAGGCACUGAGGCCCACUGCAUCCUCUCGGGAACUCUGGUUAAUCCUCACGUAGCCACCCCGUUUUUGUUUCGUUUUGAGGGGUUUUGUUUGUUUUUUGUUUGUUUGUUUGGACCCUUUUAUUUUUCCUUGGUUUGUUGCCUGUUGAGGCUAAAGAACAGAAUUGGUUCCUGGUUUUCCUCUUGGAUGGAAAGGCUGACAGCUCACUCUGGAGUGGCUAGUAGAGGAACGCGGGGCAACCAUCAUCAAGUGGGGCUGUGUCAGGCUGGUUUUAUUUAAAAGCAACAAAAUGUUUUGGUUAAGAAAAUUCUUGUUUUGCUUUAUAUGUAAAUUUUCUGUGUUGUGAAUGAAGUUGUCCCUGUAAACCCCUCCCCCCCCCUCCGCCCCCACUCCCCAUGUUUAAGCUGGGCUGAGGUCUCCUGGGCCUUGCUGUCCUACCUGUCACCUGCUCUCCAGGCUCUGGAAAGUCACACAAACACCUUCUUCCUCUUGCUGCAGAAUCAUUCAGGAUGACUGAGCAGGCGCUUCAAUAGUGCCAGCCCCUGCGCCCCAGAGCUAUUGGCCGAGCCCAGGGCUUCCUCCAUGCCCACUAGCCUGCUUUGCCUACAGGUCCCUGGCUGCAGCGGUCCUGACCUCUUGCCAAGAGCAUACCUCUGCUGGAUUGCUCCUUUCAGGCAUAUGCGUGUGAUUGUAUGGAACAGUCAGACUGGCCAUGUUGGGACAGUUUUAGAAAUUGUUUCUAGCUAGAAGGACUGGUGUCCUUCCAAGUCUAGCAUUUGGGGUAUGGAAAAUUGUUGUGGUGUGUAGCAGGAUUUUUGUUUAGAUUUUUUUUUUUCCCUUUGGUCUCGUUCUUUUCCUUUCCCUUUCCUUUCGUCUACAUUGGCCAGUUUGGGCCUUCUCCCCGUGUCACCCCCAUAGAAAGGUGUCUGCCCCUCUGCCUGCCUGCAGCACACAUCCAAGGCCAGAGCCCAGGUCUGCAGACUGGGUUAGUGUCUCUUCCGCCUCGGGGCAUGGGAGCUGGGGAAGGGACUUUUAAAAAAUAGUAAUAAGAGGGGAAAAGUAGUCUUUGGCAGUUUCCACCUCCUCAGAUUCUUGAGGGCUGUGAGGUUUUGCUGGUCUAGAUUUGUUAGAAAUGUUUCCUUGCUAGGCCUGAGAGCAGAUUGCCCACGUUGCCACCACCAUGGGGAGGACCUUGGUUAUAGAGUCCUAGGUCUGGGGCUGCAGAAUUUGGGGGCAGCCACCAUUAGGAAGCCCUUCUCAGGGCCAGAACUCCUUUGCCAGCGUGGAUCCUCAAGUUGGAACUGCAUAACUAAGGCAGUUGCAUUUUUUUUUUACAGCUCCCCGUCCCCCCUCAAUGAUUUGUAGUUGUGUGUGCAGCACUUUGCCCUGAUAUGUGUGCUCUACAAUAAAAACCAAAUCUAAUAUAUUUUGAAA